UUUUAUGGUUUGUUUACUGCGUUUUCAUGGCGCUCGCGAAUUUGAAGUAUCUCUCACGACUACACUCCUGUUUGAAAAACUGUCCUACUCUGUCAACAAUUUGUAACACUUAUCAUCUUCGGGAGUGCGAUGUAGUCAGAAACAUUUGUUCUACUGUUUGUAAUUUUCACAGAACUGCUCAUAAAGAAACUUCCUCCUUCAAAAACGAAAGUCGUAGAACAGGGAAAGUACACUCAUUUCGUAAAUACAGUUCAGAGGCUGAAAAAUCCCUAUUAUCAGCAUGCCCAACAACCUUUGUUGAUUUCUUGAAAAGUAAAAAGAUAACCCGCUGUUUUUUUGCUUGGAAUGAUACAAGUAAAAAGGUUGAAGCUUCUCACCCUGAACUAAAAGAGAUAGAAGAUUGGUUGAAUGAUCCAGACAAUUCUUAUUUUCAGCAGCAUGAAGCCGUUUUUCUGUCUGUUGGAAUGCGGUCCAGUUGUUUGUUGGGUGCAUUUUUAUGGAAAUUAAACAGAGGACAAGCGCAUGGUGGUAUCCGAAUGACUCCAUUUACAUCUGUCCAACAUUAUCUCAUUGAAGGUUUAAGAUUAUCCAAACGGCUUGGAGUUAAAUCAGCUCUAGCUGGUUUAUGGGUUGGUGGUGGCAAAGGAUUAAUAUUUGAGCCCAAGGAUCGGCAGCAUAUUCAACCUGAAUUUCGUCAAAAGAUAUUUUAUGAUUAUGGCGAUUUUCUUUCAUCUCUAAAUGGAUGCUUCAUUGCUGGAAUGGAUACUGGAGUAAAUGCAUUUGAUUUGUUCAAUGUUCAUACCCACUCUCGAUGGGUUGUUUCGGGUCCAGAAGACAUAGGAGGAUCUGGAAGUGCAGCUGCCAUCUUGGGAAAAGGUCUCCUGUGUGCUAUGGAAGCAGCUUUGGAUUAUUUAGGUGCUGGAGAUUUGAGUGGAAUGCGAGUGGCUGUUCAAGGAGCUGGAGGAAUAGGUUUGGCAGUGACUUCUGGUUUGUUAGAUCGUGGAGCUGCUCAUGUUUAUGUUACUGAUACCAGUAAAAAAAGCAUUGGUGAUCUGCAUGAUGCUUUAGCUUCGAAAGCUAGAGGUCGUCUGAAAGUUGAUAAAGUGAACAUAGGUGAUAACACUAUAAUAGGAUAUGACUGUGAUAUAUUUGCACCCUGCGCAGUAGGGCAUGUACUGACUCCUGAAACAAUCGUCAAUAUCAAAGCGAAAGUUGUGUGUGGUUCAGCCAAUGCCCUGCUUGCAUCAGAGGGUGAUGCUGGUCUCCUUGCUGAUAGAGAUGUCACCUAUGUGCCAGAAUUCAUACCUAAUAGAAUGGCUUUUGUGAAUGCAACCAAUGAACACUAUGGCCGCAUGUACAGAGAUCCAGCUAUAGAAAGACAUUUUGACAAAAAUUGGGAACAUUCUAUUUAUUAUUUAACUCAGAAAACGCUCAAAAUGGCUGCUGAAAAGAAUAUCACCGUCAUUGAUGCUGCUCAUGAACUAGCAGAUGCCUUUAGUUUAGAGAAACAUCCAUUGUGGCCAGAUAGAACCAAAACUAUCAUCCAAAGUCUUAUAGCUGGUCAAUGGCAUAAUGGUCAAGAUUUCUGGCGCAAACGUCGCAACUUUGCAAAGAAUGACUGUUCUUAAUUGUCAUUAUUAUUUUGUAUGUAUCAGAGGCACAGGAUACCUUCUAAAACAGAAAUGCUAUUUUUUAUCUUCACUUUUUUGGAGGAAAUUUGAAUAUCCAGUUUACUUUGUUUACAUUUUUUUAAAAGUAAUAUGGAUUUGAAUCUCAUUUUUUACAAAACACACUUUUUAGAAAACACUGAAAAAAAAUGACUUAUAAAAAUCUCAAUGAAUAUUAAAGCAGACAAAAUGCUUAAUCUUCAAGGAAAUUUAAAUCUUCAAUCUGCUUAAAUCUUCAAGGCAUAUUUAAGCAGACUGAAAUUUAAACUAAAGCUGUAAUAAUUCAUAAAGUGCUAUAUUUUCAUUUAAGAACAUAUGGAUUUUAAUUAAUUACAUAUAAUUCUAGAAUGUUGAGUUUUGUUUUUUUAUCUGUGCCUAACAUUGGGAAUAGGAUUUUGUUGUAUUUAAAUAAUGCAUUUUGAUUUCUGCGUUUCAAUGAUUCUGUUUUCAAUAUUCACUUUUGAAAAAUCUUAAUUGAAAUAUGAAAUUCAUACUGCUUUACUUUACAUAAAUACUUAACAUAUUUAUUCUUUUUUUUUAUAUUUUGAAUAAAAAAUCAUUUUUCUUGGAAGGUUUUUAUAAAUGUAAUAUCAAGUUUCUGAACAUUUAUAAAAUUUUAAAAUAACUAAUUGUGUAAUUACAAUCGCUGUGUUUUAUAAGUUUGCCUUCAAUUAUAUAUAUUUAAAAAUUCAAGA